AUGCCAUCUUGCUCACCACCUUUGUUGUACCUCUACCCACUGCUUGUGUCGUGCCUUCUUCUCUUGAAAGAAGCGCAUGCGGCGCGCCAUGGAGGGAUCUCACUAAGGUCUCAACACAAGGCCCUCCUCCACUGGAAGGCUACACUUGCAAGCCCACCGCUGCAGAUGAGCUCUUGGCAGGAAAACACCAGCCCCUACAACUGGAUCGAUCGCCCUUGCAACUGGACGGGCAUCAUGUGCACGGCUGUUCACCAUGGCCGUCGUAGGCCCUGGGUGGUAACCAACAUCUCCCUGCCGAAUGCUGGCAUCCGUGGCCAGCUUGGUGAGCUCAACUUCUCGGCUCUUCCAUUCCUCGCAUAUAUUGACCUCAGCAACAACAGUCUGCAUGGUGCACUGCCCGGUAGUAUCAGCUCCCUGACAUCACUUUCGGUACUUGUCCUUCACCACAACCAGCUCAUAGGGAAAAUUCCUUAUGAGAUUGGUGGCCUGGAAAGUCUAAGCCUUCUUGAGCUCUCGUUUAACAGACUCACAGGACAUAUCCCUGCAUCUCUGUGUAACCUAACAAUGUUAACUGAUCUUCUCAUUAACCAAAACAUGCUAUCAGGUCUCAUUCCUAAGGAGAUUGGAAGGCUUGUCAACCUACAAAUUCUACAGCUAAGCAACAGCGCCUUAAGUGGCAUGAUACCAAAAACCCUUGGAAACCUAACCCAACUAAAUACUUUGUACCUCUUUGGUAAUCAACUUUCAGGGCCUAUACCCCAAGAGCUAGGCAGGCUAGUCCGUUUGCAAGUUCUUGGGCUUAAUUCAAAUGAUUUUUCAGGCCCAAUUCCAAUCUUCAUAGUCAAUCUCACUAAGAUGAACCAGCCUUUUCUCUAUGGAAAUCAAAUAACAGGCUCGAUACCCCCAGAACUAGGAAACCUCGCUAUGCUAAACCAACUUAUUCUCGACGAAAAUCAAAUAUCUGGCCCAAUACCUAUAGAAUUGGGCAGCUUGCUGAAUCUCCAGAUGUUAGACUUGUCCAACAACCAAAUAACCGGUACCAUUCCCCAAGAGAUUGGCAAUCUAAUGAACCUCGUAGAUUUAGAAUUGUCUCUGAACCAAAUUUCGGGAUCAAUACCAAAAACUUUUGGGAAGUUGCAAAGGCUGCAAAGUCUGGAACUCUUCAAUAACAAGUUAUCAGGUUCUCUUCCUCAAGAAUUUGGAGAUCUCAUAAACCUUGUUGAACUUGGGCUGGAAAGAAACUCACUUUCAGGACCUUUACCCGCAAAUAUAUGUUCAGGUGGCAGACUUCGAUAUCUCAAUGUCUUUUCUAAUAUGUUCAAUGGCCCCAUUCCAAGGAGUUUAAAGACAUGUAUAGGUUUGCGUAAACUUUCCCUUGACAGCAACCAACUAACAGGAGACAUCUCUCAGGAUUUUGAUGUGUAUCCACAACUCAUAUGGAUGAUCUUGUCAUCGAAUAGACUCUCAGGGCAGAUCUCAGAAAACCUAGGUGCAAGUAACCAGCUAACACAACUACAUCUCCAAAAAAAUAUGAUCACAGGUUCCAUACCUCCAAUCCUUUCUAAAUUGUCCAACCUAGAAGAACUAAGACUUGAGUAUAAUCAUCUCAGCGGUGAAAUUCCACCAGAAAUGUGCACUUUUGCAAAUCUAUAUGUGCUGAACUUAUCGUCGAACCAAUUAUCCGGGUCUAUACCUACACAGAUAGAAAAGCUGAGCAAUCUAGGAUACCUUGAUAUAUCUGGGAACAUGCUAAGUGGAUCAAUACCUAAGGAACUAGGGGACUGCAUGAGACUAUUGUUCUUAAAGAUCAACAACAACAAUUUCAAUGGGAGUUUGCCCAGUGAGAUUGGAAAUUUAGCAGGCCUGCAAAUCAAGUUAGAUGUGAGCAACAAUAACCUUAGUGGUGUGUUGCCGCAACAACUUGGGAAGUUGGAGAUGCUAGAAUUUAUGAAUUUAUCACAUAAUCAGUUCAAUGGCAGCAUUCCAUCCUCCUUUGCAAGCAUGGUGAGUCUUUCAACACUUGAUGUGUCCUACAAUGACUUGGAAGGACCACUCCCAACAACACGGCUACUCCAAAAUGCUUCAGCAAGUUGGUUUCUUCACAAUAAAGGUCUGUGCGGCAACAUCUCUGGCAUGACACCUUGUUAUUCAACUCCAGUAGCUGGUCACCAUAAACGGAAGAUACUUGGUUUGCUUUUGCCAAUUCUUCUUGUGGUGGGUUUCAGCAUUGUUGCUGCAAUUGUUGUCAUAAUAAUGCUUAAUCAUAACAAGAGAAAACCUCAAGAAAGGGUUACUGCUGAAAGAAGGGACCUAUUCUGUGUUUGGAAUUUUGAUGGAAGAUUAGCAUUUGACGACAUUGUAAGGGCGACAGAAGACUUUGAUGAUAAGUACAUCGUUGGAACGGGAGGAUACGGCAAAGUCUACAGGGCACAACUCGAAGAUGGGCAGCUGGUUGCUGUGAAGAAGCUUCAUCAGACCGAAGAAGAGUUAGAUGAUGAAAGAAGAUUUCAUAGUGAAAUGGAAAUCUUAACACAGAUCCGACAACGAAGCAUUGUCAAAAUGUAUGGAUUCUGCUCCCAUCGAGCAUAUAAAUUUCUUGUCUACAACUACAUUCAGCAGGGAAGCCUCCACAGGACAUUGGAAAAUGAGGAACUAUCAAAGGAACUGGAUUGGCACAAGAGAAUUGCUCUUGCAAAUGAUGUGGCUCAAGCAAUAUCUUAUUUGCACCACGAAUGCAGUCCACCUAUAAUCCAUCGAGAUAUCACGAGCAACAACAUCUUACUUGAUACAUCCUUCAAGGGUUUUGUCUCGGAUUUCGGCACAGCAAGGAUUCUUAAGCCUGAUUCAUCAAACUGGAGUGCACUUGCAGGAACGUAUGGCUACAUAGCUCCUGAAUUGUCGUACACAUCUGUUGUGACAGAGAAAUGCGAUGUCUAUAGCUUUGGAGUGGUUGUGCUAGAGCUAGUGAUGGGGAAGCAUCCAAGGGAUCUAUUAGACGGUACUUUGUCAAACGGAGAACAAGUCAUACUGGUGAAAGAUAUUCUGGACCAACGACUGACAACACCAACAACUGAAGAGAAUCAGUUAGCUCUGCUCAUCAAGCUGGCCUUUUCUUGCUUGGAAUCUUCUCCACAAGCAAGGCCUAGCAUGCGGGAGGCAUACCAAAUGCUCAUCGAGCGACCCUCCUCCAGUUCAUGUUCUGUGCCUUUCAGCGCACUUCCGUUACAACAAGCAGUCCUAGUUCAUCCUCCUGCACAAGCAGAGGAAAGCAAGCACAGCAAAUUAGUCUACUGUACUGGUUGGGGAAUCAGCAGCCGCGCAAAGAAGCAACCGGCGGGAAUCACGGCAACCUCUCCAUGGCUGCACAAGCACCUUGCGUGCAAGCGGACAGGAGUUGGCCUUGUCGUGGACGGAGUUUCCCGCACGCCGGCGCCGUCGUUGCGGCAUGACGCUGAUGAGUCCACUUCUCACGCGACGAAGCAUGCAUCCGCCUCCGGCCGUCACCGCCGCUCCCCUCCAGAUGCCGCCCCGCACGCGCCUCCAGCCGUCGCCGCGCCAGCCUCCAGCGGCCGCUCCACGCACGCGCCUCCAGCCGCCGCCGUCGCCGCUCCCCCUCAGCCGCCGGGCCGCGCGUGCCUCCAGCUGCCGCUCCCUUCCAGACGCCGCCAGGCGUGUGCGUGUGUGUUCGGUUCGUAUCAAUUUGGUCCAGCCUAUAAAGGUAUUUGA